GGGGAGGCAUGUUGUGAAAGCUGAGAAAAUUAUGUCUUCAGUUCUUACUGGAAAAAGAGGACGUUUAAAUUGAGCGGAGACUUGCCAUAAUUUAACUGAGCGGAGCACUGACGUUUCUAGCUACCCUUGAGGCCAUGUUUUCAGUUAAUACAGAGGUUGACCAGGUCCAAAAUCCAAGUCUGACAGGACUCUAGUCAUGGUCAGAAAUGGAGCAAGUCAUGCUAACUUGCAGGGGAGUCACCGUGUUGCCCGAGGGCACACAGUUAAUGAAUUGGAAGGCCCCGGGCCCCGGAAGCCCCGCCCCUCCGCGGUUCCCGCCUCGGUCGGCUGGAAGAAAAACCUUACAGACUCGGCUCUCUGCUUUUGUGCCACAGAGGACCGGCAGGGCCUGGAAGGAGCGCUCUCGGAGUUGACCUUGGAAACCAAAGUGCCCGUGGUGUUUGUGAAACAGAGAAAGAUAGGCGGACAUGAUCAGACCUUGAAGGCAUAUCAGGAGGGCAGACUUCAAAAGCUACUAAAAAUGAAUGACUCUGAGGAUCUUCCUGAGUCCUAUGACUAUGACCUUAUCAUCAUUGGAGGUGGCUCAGGAGGACUGGCUGCUGCUAAGGAGGCAGCCAAGUAUGACAAGAAGGUGAUGGUCCUGGAUUUUGUCACUCCAACCCCUCUUGGAACUAGAUGGGGUCUUGGAGGAACAUGUGUGAAUGUGGGUUGCAUACCUAAAAAACUGAUGCACCAGGCAGCUUUGUUAGGACAAGCCCUACAAGACUCUCGCAACUACGGGUGGAAAGUCGAGGACAUGGUUAAACAUGACUGGGAAAAAAUGACAGAAGCUGUACAGAAUUACAUUGGCUCGCUGAACUGGGGCUACCGGGUAGCUCUACGGGAGAAAAAAGUCACCUAUGAGAAUGCUUAUGGGCAGUUUGUUGGUCCUCAUAGGGUUAAGGCAACCAAUAAUAAAGGCAAAGAAAAAAUUUAUUCAGCAGAGAGAUUUCUCAUUGCAACUGGUGAAAGACCACGUUACUUGGGCAUCCCUGGGGACAAAGAGUACUGCAUCAGCAGUGAUGAUCUUUUCUCCUUACCUUACUCCCCGGGUAAGACCCUCGUGGUUGGAGCAUCCUAUGUUGCUUUGGAAUGUGCUGGAUUUCUUGCUGGUAUUGGCUUAGAUGUCACUGUUAUGGUACGGUCCAUUCUCCUUAGAGGAUUUGACCAGGACAUGGCCAAUAAAAUCGGUGAACACAUGGAAGAACAUGGUGUCAAGUUUAUAAGACAGUUUGUACCAAUAAAAAUUGAACAAAUUGAAGCAGGGACACCAGGCCGACUCAAGGUGGUAGCAAAGUCAACCAAUAGUGAGGAAACCAUCGAAGGAGAGUAUAAUACGGUAUUACUGGCAAUAGGAAGAGAUGCUUGCACAAGAAAACUUGGUUUAGAGACUGUGGGAGUAAAGAUUAAUGAAAAGACUGGAAAAAUACCCGUCACUGAUGAGGAGCAGACCAAUGUGCCUUACAUCUAUGCCAUUGGUGAUAUAUUGGAGGAUAAGCUGGAGCUCACCCCAGUAGCAAUCCAGGCGGGAAGAUUGCUGGCUCAGAGGCUUUAUGCCGGCUCCAAUGUCAAGUGUGACUACGAAAAUGUUCCAACAACUGUAUUCACUCCUUUGGAAUAUGGUGCUUGUGGCCUUUCUGAAGAGAAAGCUGUGGUGAAAUUUGGGGAAGACAAUAUUGAGGUUUACCAUAGUUACUUCUGGCCAUUGGAGUGGACAAUUCCAUCCAGAGAUAACAACAAAUGUUAUGCAAAAAUAGUCUGUAACAUCAAAGACAAUGAACGUGUUGUGGGCUUCCACGUCCUGGGGCCAAAUGCUGGAGAAGUUACACAGGGCUUUGCAGCUGCGCUGAAGUGUGGACUGACCAAACAGCAGCUGGACAGCACCAUCGGAAUCCACCCUGUCUGUGCGGAGGUGUUCACAACGCUGUCGGUGACCAAACGCUCUGGGGGAAGCAUCCUCCAGUCUGGCUGCUGAGGUUAAGCCCCAUUGUGGAUGCUGCUACCCAAACUCCACACCACUAAUUUGUUUCUUUGCCCAAAUCCAAGGCAGAGUUUUCAGGAAGGUCCUUGGGCUCUUGGUACGUGCGUGUCCUGUGCCUAUCAUUCAAGGCUUCCUUGGAUCUCCUGGGUAGGAGGUGGUGAAUAGAAGGUAGUCAGCAUCACACUGGGGUCAUCAUAAUGGACUCAGAGCUGAUACUGGCAGUGCAUUGAGGGAUGCAUCCAUGAAGUCACUGGCCUCAAGCCCGCGUGGUUGGCAGUGAUGGAACAACUGUCAAAUCAGCUUCAGCAUGACCUUUCCUUUGCGUGUUUUCUCUAGUCUCGGUGUCAGGCUUUCUCAUGUUGAUCGUAUUUUCCUCCAUGGUGUUAACGAUAUUAGAGAUGAAAAUGUUAGCAAUUGAUUUUUGUCCAAAAGCAAGUCACGGUUAGAGCACCCAAAUGAAGUGUCUUGUUGCGUGGAAGGAGUGCUUUGGCCCCUUUGGGGUUACCUGGGCUCAUCCCAUGAAAGAUCUCUCUCCUUGAUGUGCUUCUGAGGAUGGGAAUGUACCGUUCUGCCUUACUGACCUGCUUAGCCAUGUUUUUUUUUAAUAAGUUAUAUGUCUAAAACAGGCAAAUCUAUGAAUGACUCUGGCCAGCUUUGCCUGCUACGUCACUGUUUUAUUGUGCUCCGUCACUGGUUAUUAUUCUUUUAAGUUCUGUUUAAGAA